UACUCGGCUAUGGAAGAUCCUGAAUUUUUGGAUAAAUUAAGAAGUGUUUUCGAUGUUUGUGACGAAGAUGAUGAUGGAUUAAUAGCUGUGGAUCAUUUUGAGAAAUUAGCAGUAGAACACUUUGGAGCUUCAGGUAUUGAGCGUUCUAAAUGCAUUAUGGACCAUAGAAUAACAAUUACAUGGGAUAUGAUUUACAUGUCUGUUGUUGUUAGAAAUGCACUGAUUAUGGAUAAUGUUAAUAAGUUUCAGAUUUUUAAACCCAGUUUCUCCCCAUCAGUGAUGCAGCCUACCCUGUAUGCUGUUACCUGUCUUCAUUAG